AUGGCACGGGUAGUGACGCAGCCAACGAGAAGUGAGACGGCGGGGCGCAAAGCAGAAAGCGGUGCACGAGUUAGGACACACACACCAAAAAAAGACGAAAGAAAGAAAGAGCGAGACAGCAGAUGCAACGGUAUCAUAACACUCAAAACCGUAACACGCGAAGAGGUGACAAAACACGACCUGAGGAUUCUCAGAGUGACACGACAAAAGGCCGAACGGACAAAAGACGAAACGGCGACAGGGCAAGACAAACCGUACACGACGUAA